AUGGUGAACAACUGCACGGUGUCCAGCGAACGGGACUCCUCGCAAAAGGUGCCCAUAUUGGACGAGUUCGGCUGCUCUUUAUUCCCGAACGUUAUUCCACAUGUCGAAUAUCCAUCUGAUCUCAACGGCGGAUUACUUGUAAACGCAUUUUCACUUGACGUCGAUCAGGCUGCCGUUUUCUUUGAGUGCAACGUGAAACUACUUCUGAAGUUGAACGGCGUCUGUCGACGACCUACAUGCCGUCCCCUGGAAGAACUACGAGGUGCCAACGCUCGCUAUCGUCGACAUGGCCGAGUUCGAAGAUAA